CUUGGGACAGACCCGGAAGCGGCGGCGGCGCCCCUGGGGAAGAUGGCGCCCUCGGGGCUGAAGGCGGUGGUGGGGGAAAAAAUUCUAAGUGGAGUCAUUCGGAGUGUCAAGAAGGAUGGAGAGUGGAAGGUGCUCAUUAUGGACCAUCCCAGCAUGCGCAUCCUGUCUUCCUGCUGCAAAAUGUCCGACAUCCUGGCCGAGGGCAUCACCAUUGUUGAAGACAUCAACAAACGGCGAGAACCGAUCCCCAGUCUGGAGGCCAUCUAUUUGCUGAGCCCCACAGAGAAGUCGGUGCAGGCCCUGAUAGCAGACUUCCGGGGCACCCCAACCUUCACCUACAAAGCAGCCCAUGUCUUCUUCACUGACACCUGCCCUGAGCCCCUGUUCAGUGAGCUGGGCCGCUCUCGACUGGCAAAGGCGGUGAAGACGCUGAAAGAGAUCCACCUUGCCUUCCUCCCCUAUGAGGCCCAGGUGUUCUCUCUGGAUGCACCCCACAGCACUUACAACCUGUACUGCCCAUUUCGGGCAGGGCAGCGGGCGCGGCAGCUCGAGGUUCUGGCGCAGCAGAUUGCUACCCUGUGUGCCACGCUGCAAGAGUACCCAGCCAUCCGUUACCGCAAGGGCCCAGAGGACACUGCCCAGCUGGCCCAUGCUGUCCUGGCCAAGCUGAACGCCUUCAAGGCGGACACACCCAGUCUUGGCGAGGGUCCCGAGAAGACCCGCUCCCAGCUGCUGAUCGUGGACCGGGCUGCUGACCCUGUAUCCCCACUGCUGCACGAGCUCACGUUCCAGGCUAUGGCCUAUGACCUACUGGACAUCGAGCAUGACACAUACAAGUACGAGACCACCGGGCUGAGUGAGGCGCGUGAGAAGGCGGUGUUGUUAGACGAGGACGAUGAUCUGUGGGUGGAGCUUCGGCACAUGCACAUCGCGGACGUGUCCAAGAAGGUCACGGAACUUCUGAAGACAUUCUGUGAGAGCAAACGGCUUACCACUGACAAGGCCAAUAUCAAAGACCUGUCCCACAUCCUGAAAAAGAUGCCACAGUACCAGAAGGAGUUGAAUAAGUAUGCCACGCACCUGCAUUUAGCUGAUGACUGUAUGAAGCGCUUCAAGGGUUCUGUGGAGAAGCUCUGCAGUGUGGAGCAGGACCUGGCCAUGGGCUCCGAUGCUGAGGGCGAAAAGAUCAAGGACGCUAUGAAGCUGAUUGUGCCGGUGUUGCUGGAUGCUGCAGUGCCAUCGUAUGACAAAAUCCGGGUCCUCUUGCUCUACAUCUUCCUGCGGAAUGGUGUGAGUGAGGAGAACCUGGCCAAGCUCAUCCAGCAUGCCAACGUCCAGGCACACUGCAGCCUCAUACGGAACCUGGAGCAGCUGGGGAGCCCGGUUACCAACCCCGGGGGCUCAGGCCCCUCCAGCCGGCUAGAGCGCAGGGAACGCCUGGAGUCCACCUACCAGCUGUCCCGCUGGACUCCAGUCAUCAAAGACGUGAUGGAGGAUGCUGUAGAAGACCGACUGGACCGGAAGCUGUGGCCUUUUGUGUCUGAUCCUGUCCCCACAUCCAGCUCCCAGGCCGCUGUCAGUGCUCGCUUCGGCCACUGGCACAAGAGCAAGGCGGGCGUGGAGGCACGGGCAGGACCCCGGCUCAUCGUGUAUGUCAUGGGCGGUGUGUCCAUGUCAGAGAUGAGGGCCGCCUAUGAGGUGACCAGAGCCACUGAAGGCAAAUGGGAGGUGCUCAUAGGCUCCUCGCACAUCCUCACCCCCACCCGCUUCCUGGAUGACCUCAAGACGCUGGACCAGAAGCUGGACAUUCCCCUUCCCUGACCCUCCUGUCCCUGCCACCCUGCCCUUUCCAGAUAAAUAAACUCCUCCCUCCUGUCUGCCAG